UCAAAAUAAUUCAACACGCACGUUUGGUAAACACGUUAAUUUUGUGAAAAUCUCGAGGAAAUAUUGAUUGAAAUCGAGUAAUAAGUUGUUAUAAAAUCAUAAAAACUUUUCAUUAACCAAAUUAAAAGUUAACAGCAAAAAUGGCACGCGGAAAGGACAAAAAGAAGCGUAAAUUAGAGAAGAAGCAAGAAGGAGAUGAUGUGCCCAAGAAAGUUCCGCACACCUUGGAGUCUCUCAGGGAGAAGGAUGAGACGAUGCUCGUCAACGCCGACGAAGAAGAGCAGGAAGAGGCACAAAAGGAUAUGGAACUGGAUGAACUAUCUUCGUAUUACCAGAAUUCGUAUGAGCCUAAAGUUCUCAUCACCUUCUCGGACAAUCCACACACCAAGACUCGAAUAUUUGGAAAAGAGCUCACCAGGAUUAUACCAAACUCCAUAUCGAGGUAUAGACAGAGGUCAUCAGUGAAACGCAUAGUGCAAUCGGCAAUUAGAGAAGAUAUCACAGAUGUUAUAAUUGUAAAUGAGAAUCAAAAGCAGCCUAAUGGAUUUUUACUGAUACAUUUACCUAACGGACCAACAGCUCACUUCAGGUUGUCCAGUUGCAAAAUCACACCAGAGCUUAGGAAAGAUCAUAAAGAAAUAACUACCCACAGGCCUGAGGUGAUUCUGAACAACUUCAGCACGCGACUGGGUAUGACGGUGGGACGCAUGCUGGGAGCGCUGUUCCACUACGAGCCGCAGUUUCGCGGCCGCCGCGCCGUCACCUUCCACAACCAGCGGGACUACAUCUUUUUCAGGCACCACAGAUACGAAUUCACAAAGGACGGCAAGCGCGCCAAGCUGCUCGAGCUAGGACCACGCUUCACGCUCAAGCUGGUCUCGCUGCAGCAGGGCACCUUCGACUCGAAGCGCGGCGACUACGAGUGGAUCAUCGCCGGCCGCCGCCACCAGCUCGAGACGUCUAGGAGAAAGUUCUUCUUGUAG